UGUUUACAUUUUUUUAUUGCUUAGACUGCAAUGCUUGAAAUCAAUCAAUUAAUCAAUCAAUUUCCUAUGAAGUAUUGACUUUGUUUUCGCUCUAGUUUUCAUGAAUAAAGUAUGAAAAAGUUCUCAUUUGUUUAUUUUAAACGUGCCCGCUUUAAGGUGACAGAUUUUGCCUUUUCCUCACAGUUUUACGGGGAACUGAAUUCAUCUGAAAGCGACAGGUAUGAGGACGAUUCUUCCUGCGAGUAUCGAUAAACUCCGACUCCUUUCCCGGAUGAAAUGGGGAAAGCGAAGCGUGGAAUGUGGGAUUUGGCGGUGCAGAUUUCGACACAUAAAGCGCACUUGCAUGCAGACACUUGCCAGCGUGUGUGUGCAUGCAUGCAUUUGUGCGUCUUUAAUCCCCCCAAAAAAAGGGCUGGCAGUGACUGGCCCAAAAAUCGGAUGUUUUCUCAUCCGAGCGUUUCCCGGACACACCUCCUUCUCCCUCCUCUUCCUUAUCGCUGGCUUCACAUUUGCCAUUUGCCUUGAGGAGAAAGGAGGCUUUUUUUAUGUAGUUUAAACAAAGAUGUGAGCACCUCCUCCUCUUCUGCCUUGGGGGCAGAAUAGUUAAUGAGGUAUUUUGUCUUUUUUUAGGACCAGAGGAAGAAAGUGGAGGGGGGGAGGGAGGAAGACAAAGAUGAAGUGUGAGAGGAAACAGGCCUGAAAAGGCGCUGAGCUGCAGGUGUGAGGCCGAAUUUCUGCCCUGCCACAGAGGCGAGCGCUGACCUGCAGGCAGCCCAAAUUCAAAAAGGAAUAGAAAUCCUCCAGAAAGAGGAAGGUGGUCCACCGUGACGGGAAGGAGUGUGCCAGUGCCUCUGCAGCCUGCAAUUUCAGAGCAAAACUAAACGCCAGCCAGUAAAAUCAGCUGAAACGCACCAACCAUCUCCCGUCAGCUUCCUGACUCCGCCCACCAGAUACAAACCCUCCAUUCUUGGAUUUUUUUUUCUUUCUCAUUCACUCCAGCGGGACGACUGCGAGCAGAACCUUCGGACAGGAACUGCAAAAAGAAAAAGUCUACUCGGAGACGGGAUUUUCUUUUCUCUCUGACAGGAUAAAACGCAGAAAGUUGUGACGAAUCCAGGAGAAGGAGAGCUUCGCCCUGAAGGGGGUUCCUUCAAAAAAAGAAAAAAGAAAUAGAGAAAAGAAACGAGAGGCAGAGAUAAUCUGCACAGCUGUUCCACAAGGAGAAGAAAAACACACAGAGAGGAGGCGCACAAGUGUGAAGGGCGACAAAAGGAGACUGACGAAGGCUGGGGGAGGCGAUAAAAGGGAGCAAUCCCAGUCGAAGGCCAGGGAGGUGAAACCCAAACAGAGACACCUGACAUGACUUUAAGUGCAGGAAUGGAGGUCCGGCAACAACAGAGCUGUCUCUUCUGAAGACGAAGGAGUCGCCUUUGAAGGAGAGGAGAAGACUUCUCAUCAUGAUUUAUUCAGCAGACCUCCCAGUUUCCAGUAACCCCCGUGGGAAGAGCAACUUUGUCCCCGGAUAGAAUGAAGAGAGGAGCGCAGAGAUACCUGUGAGAACCUUUCUGCACCUCCUCAGACUUCCUGCGCUUGAGAACUUCCUCCCUGGUCUCUCCUCUCCCCCCAACUCCCCAUCCCCUCACUAUGUGGAUACCAGCUGCUCUCCUAUGGAUGCUUAAUCUCAGCAGCUUGUGCUCAGGACAGGACUACACAGACUAUUACCAAACUGGAGACGUGGGCACGCAGGCUCCAGAUCUGUCAGAUGACCAGCCCAGCCUGGAGACGGUGACGAGCAUGGACCAGCUCAUCCAGCUCUUCUACCCCCAACACAGCCUGGUACAGCACUGCAUGAGGAAGAAGUCAUGGCGCGCCUCCUCCUCUUCCCCUUCCUUCUCCACCUCCUCCACCAGCCCCUUAAGCCGCCCCGGCUCCGAGGAUUUCUGGGUUCCUCUGCGGGAGGAGGCUCUUUACAGGGUGGAUGGGACUUUGGGAGUCAUCCUCGAGGAGAUCCAGAGGACGUCGUGCCUGCCCAGGGAAGUGUGCGUGGAGGUCGCCAAAGAGUACCCACAAUCCACCAGCCAGUUCUACCUCCCUCGCUGCGUGUCACUGCACCGCUGCGGCGGCUGCUGCACCAACGAGGCGUUUUACUGCACCAACACCAGUUUCACUCUGGUCAACAAGACGCUGAUGGAACUGUCUCCGCCCAGGAUGGACCGAUCCGUCGCCAUGGUAACCUUCGUCAACCACACGUCGUGCGAGUGCCUCUCCAAGCGGCCGCUCCACUCCAUCAUCAGGCGUUCGGCGCCGGAUCACCUGUGCUCCCCACCUGAGCGGCCGUGCGCGUCCGGGUCGCUGUGGGACCCGCUGAACUGCAUGUGCGUCUCCGUGGACGCAAUCGGCUUUUCUCAGAGAGAAAUGGAGAUGCUGGACUCUAGCCUCCUGGCUCUUUGCGGGCCAAACAGGGUUCUGGAUGAAUCCACCUGUGACUGCAUCUGUCAAAACGGACUCACGGAACAAAGCUGUGAUCCAGGCUGGAAACUGGACCGCGACAGCUGUGAGUGCCAGUGUGAAGGACGAGGCGAGGGGAAGUUCUGUCCUGCAGGCCAGCGGUGGGACGAUGAGCUGUGCGGCUGCGUGUGCGCGGCGGACUGCCCCCGAAACCAGCCGCUGAACCCAGACACCUGCCUGUGCGAAUGCAGGGAGAGUCCACAGUCCUGUCUACGGCAGGGCAUGAGGUUCAACUCCAGUACCUGCAGCUGUUACAGGCGGCCCUGCAGAAGCCCCAAACGCGCCUGCCAGCCCGAAUAUUACUACAACUACCGAGUGUGUCAGUGCAUCCCCAACUUCAUGAAGUGGAACUAGCCAGCAGAAGUGGACGGAGGCGGAUGCUUUCCUUCAGUUCACCCGGACAUCUACCAUUUUUUUGGGACUGGAUCAUGAGACAAUAGAGUGUUCUGUCUGACAAGAAGGUGGUUAACCGUCUGGCACAGGAGCCGACACACUUCUCCCAAGGAGGAUCAGAGUACUUCUCCGGAGGGUAAAAAGCCGUCUUAAAAAAGAAAAAAGGCCAGAAAAUGGGAUCAUUUACUCUCUGGGAAUGCCUGAUCAUAAUUACAACGGGGAAGAACCAAUCACACCUGGAGAUGGUCUGGAUGGGCCUGAGUUCCCCUCUGCGGCGUGUUGCAGCAAGCAGGUCGACCUCUGACCUGCAGCGGAGGCGGCGCACACACCCACACACACACGUCUGUGCAAACUGGAAUGUGGAAUAAGAUAAUGACAGACCAGCCUCCCCCCCCUUUUGAAAUAAAAGAGCCUGGAGGUAUUCAUUUAAAUAAAUCAUGCCAUGUGGAGGUGGCGUAGAUCUUUAGAUCUAGAAAAAAAAGGUGGGUUUUUUUUUGGACAAAGAAAGCUCAACGUUGAAAUCACCAGGCCAGUCACAGCUGAGCAUCUUAUUUAUCCUUCAACAAUCAGCUAACAUUAUUUGUACAUAUAGAUUUCAUAUUUAAAAUCUCGAUUAUUGCACAAAUACUGUAUUUGUCACUCUAAAGGGUAUUAUUUUGAAGUAUAACUUCUAUCCUUGUACGUUUUUACUGAAACCCCGACUGCUUGUGCCGUUCCGACUACUUCCCGUCACACAGAUGAAGACUUUUGAUGUUUGUGAUUUAUGUAGUGAAAAUCUUUAAUACCUCCAACCAUGCUUAAAUUAUUAUGCAUUAAAAUCUGUCGCACUUC